CUAUAUGGGUAUAGGAUGAACGGGGCGCCUGGCCUACAUCUCCCGGCGUACCCUGCGAGCCGCGCGGCAGAUGUGGGUGGCUCAGGUAACGACAAGCCGCCAGCGCGCGGCGCCACACGCGUCACAUCGGGGCUGUGACUGAGAACUACAACUACCAGCGUCCUUUGCGCCCAGCUCGCCUGACCCCCGACCCGACGCCUGCGGUGCGCUCCCGCCUCCUGAGCCCUCGCUCUCUCUGUCUGCCGCUUGCCACAGCCGCCUGUGCCCGUGCCGAGGGGAAACCGUUGAACGCCGACAUGUCGGGUGAUGACGAGCAGCAGGAACAGACCGUCGCCGAGGACCUGGUGGUCACCAAGUACAAGAUGGGGGGAGACAUCGCUAACAGGGUCUUGCGCGCACUUGUGGAGGCAGCCACUGCAGAUGCUUCUAUUCUGGGCCUGUGUGAAAAAGGAGAUGCAAUGAUUAUGGAGGAAACCGGCAAGAUUUUCAAAAAAGAAAAAGAAAUUAAAAAAGGUAUCGCCUUUCCAACAAGCAUAUCUGUCAAUAACUGUGUGUGUCACUUCUCGCCUCUGAAGAGUGACCAAGAUUACCUUCUGAAGAAUGGUGAUUUAUUAAAGAUUGACCUAGGAGUCCAUGUAGAUGGUUUCAUUGCUAAUGUUGCGCACAGCUUUGUUGUUGGUGCGUCUAAGGAGACUCCAGUAACUGGUCGUAAAGCAGAUGUUAUCAAGGCUGCGCACUUGUGUGCGGAGGCGGCACUGCGUUUGGUGAAACCAGGGAACCAGAACACCCAGGUGACUGAAGCUUGGAACAAGAUUUCUCCAUCUUUUAACUGUGUACCAAUUGAAGGGAUGCUUUCUCAUCAGUUAAAGCAGCAUGUCAUCGAUGGAGAGAAGACCAUCAUUCAAAACCCAACUGACCAGCAAAAGAAGGACCAUGAAAAGGCAGAGUUUGAAGUUCAUGAAGUUUAUGCUGUUGAUGUUCUCAUUAGCACUGGAGAAGGAAAGGCAAAGGAUGCUGGACAGAGGACAACAAUUUACAAAAGAGACCCAACAAAGCAGUAUGGUCUGAAAAUGAAAACCUCCCGUGCCUUUUUCAGUGAAGUUGAGAGGCGUUUUGGUGCCAUGCCAUUCACUCUCAGGGCAUUUGAAGAUGAAAAGAAGGCCCGAAUGGGUGUGGUGGAGUGCGCCAAGCAUGAGCUCCUCCAGCCUUUCAAUGUACUAUAUGAAAAGGAAGGAGAAUAUGUUGCACAAUUCAAGUUCACGGUUCUCUUGAUGCCUAAUGGGCCCAUGAGAAUAACAAGUGGCCCCUUUGAACCAGAUGUGUACAAAUCAGAACUUGAGGUGCAGGAUACAGAGCUGAAGGCACUUCUGCAAAGUUCAGCUAGUCGGAAGACUCAGAAAAAGAAAAAAAAGAAGGCUUCAAAGAACGCUGAACAGGCUACUGCUGAAGAUAAUGAAGGCACAGAGUGAGGGAAAGCUUAUUGGAAGUGUUCAACCUGCCAGUUUAUUUUUAGUAUCUGUGUUACUUUUGCCUCUUCCCCUCUCCCACCAAAAAUGAAUUGAAACCAUUAAUAGCCUCUGAGAGAGCUCAGAGCGCUAGAGGAUCCAGGCCUAUACCCCACCCUCUUUGGAUACAAACAUGGACAUUGAGGGAAGGGCCUUUUUUGAAGACUACUUAACCAAAAAAAUAUAUAUAUAAAGACAAAAAAUAAAAUCAGGCAUAAAAACCAGUCUUAAGCCCCUCUUUCUAAAAGUAAUGUCUAAAGUUUUUCUAUGAUUGGGAUAUUUCAUCCUAAAGUGUAAACAACUGCUGCCACGAAGUCUCAUGUAAAUCUGCUACCGACUACCAUGUACUACUCACUGCUGUGUGCAUCUCAUGCCAUUUCUGGGUACGUCACUGGAAAGAUGAAAUUGGGAUCAUCCAUUGUAGGCUAUAAAGCACACCGGGCACUUAAUAGAUUAUGGAAACUUUGGAAUUUUUUUUUUGUAUUCUUAUUGGAAAGCAAUGUUAUGUCCUAUUUUUAUUUACUCAAGUUUAUAACGGACUACGUUUGGUAUCUGUAGGAAGUUCUCUACAUUGCUGUCCCAUACGUUCUUCCUAAUGGCCAUUGCUCCAGUUGGUUUGUAUUUCUUAGCUGCCUCCUCUGUUCAGAAUCUUUUUACCACCUACACUGAAUUCCUCUUCUGCACUGUACUUCCCAUAUAAUGCAGUGCGGCAUAUAUAAGACAUGAAUUGUUGGUCAAGAAGGGGGCUAAUUAAGUAGAGGUGAUGGCAAGACCAUUUACUUUAAAAGUAUAUAUUGAGGAAUCACGUGCCAAAGAAAAACUUUCCCCAAUUCUCAGAUCUGUUUCAGCAUUAGAAAUCGGUCCCUAGAGAGAUAAAAUAAAACUUUUAUAUUAAGGGGAUUUAAAAGAAACGGAGCCAGUAGUUUGUUGUAGGUAUAGUUGUAGACUAAAUGAUCUCUAUGAUUUGUGUAUCAAUUGGCUACCAGUAAUACUGAAUAGUUACAUUUUUUUGGCCACGAGUGGACUGUGAUGGCCAUUCUUUUAUAACAGUGUGAUAGUCGUAUGUUACGUCUAUUUAGCGUUUUCAUUUUAUUUAUGUAACUGUCAUGCCUAUAAAUUUCCCAGACAAAAUCUGUUUUGUAGCCAUAAAGGCUUACUUGUGUUCCAUUAUGUGCUCCUAUGACCAACACUAAGUAGCUAAGAACUUUGUGGUAGGAGGUGAGUAAAUAUUCAUAAGAAUGCCCCCUAUAUCCAUAGUCAGCCCAAAAAAAUACAUGCCACAACAGUGUGCGCGUGAUGGGUACACUUUAAGACGACUGGAUAUACAAGUAUGAGAAUGGAAACAUGAACCACUAAAUUGGGAGAACAAACAUGCUUCCUAAACCCAGAUGAAAUGACCUGAACAGAGUGGUAGAUGGCAACUGGUAUAAUUCAUGAUGCGCUAAUUAAUAAAAUGUACAGUGUUCCUUAUUCAUGGCUCUCAGAAUGUUUGUGGUUUUAUUCCUGUGAAAAUGGUAUUCCAUUUGUAGCACUUUGAGACAUUGUUGCUUCAAAUUGUGCAGUGCAGCAGACUGGUGAUGGGAUCUCCCCCUUUUAUUUUAGUUUGUUACUAUUGGAUCACACAUCCACCCAACCCUCCCCCCACAUAGGGGAAAAUAUAUAUUUUUAUAACAUGUAAUAAAUAAAAGUAACUUUUUAAGAAUGAAAUGUAGAUUGCGCAGGACAUACAAGGUGUGGAAGAUCUUCACUCCCAGAUGUGUGGGAGCUUCUUUAUGGGAACUUCUCUCCUGCCUGAGCAGAUGUCUGCUGCAGGAGGCUUCAGUGUAAUUUUCCAUCUUAUGAAUUGUAUGUUGAAGAAAACACUGCUGGCUGAAAUUGGCCCAACUCUUAGAUUCAAUUAAAGCUUUGCAUUUCAAAGAGGUUAUACACAUUUAACAUGAAUGUGACAAGACGGGACAAACUUUUUCUUAUGAGGAAGAGACAUUGGGCAAUCCCAUGUGCAUGGUAAAUCUGUGUGCUGAUGGAGGACGUAUGGUGCAAUUUUCCUAUGGGGCAGUUGCAGUCAAGGAUGGGUGAAAUCACGGACUGCGACAAGGAAGUAAUACGUUUUCUACUCCAUUUUACUAUUGGAUAUGUAUUUCUUGGAAAAAGAAAUGCCUGCAAGAAGUUAUAAAAUUCCCUUGCAAUCUGUAUAUUUUCCCAAAUAAAAUUGGAUUUGACUGACUGGUA